GGCGCGUCUGGUGGAUAGGAGGAAGGAGACGUUUAGGCCCGAGGAGCCGGGAAUCUCUCCCCUCACGGGGAGGGUGCGGCGGUGAGUUGUGGGAGGAGGAGAUGUCCCGCUGAGCGAAAAAUCGAAGUAUUCUGCAGCCUCGCAGGAUGCUCUUGAGGUGUCGCGGUCCACGGUUACAGCCGCUGUUUGCUGGUGUAGAAGGGAAAAGGUAGAAGAAGACAGCAGGUGCCCUGAUUGAAAUACGCAUUCGAGUCAAUGGCUGGUUCUGCUCCAUAGGAACCAUAAUUCAAUGAGGUUAAUGAUACUCUGAACUUGGCUAUUCAACAUUCCCGUUGGCUGAAGUAACUCACUAUGGCGCCUAAAGAUAUAAUGACUAAUUCUCAUGCCAAGUCCAUUCUCAAUGCGAUGAACUUGCUACGAAAAAGUAACACACUAUGUGAUGUCACUCUGCGUGUGGAGCAGAAAGACUUUCCAGCCCAUCGGAUUGUUUUAGCUGCUUGCAGUGAUUACUUCUGUGCUAUGUUCACCAGCGAGCUUUCCGAGAAGGAUAAACCUUAUGUGGAUAUCCAAGGACUAACAGCCUCUACCAUGGAAAUUUUGCUGGACUUUGUAUAUACAGAAACAGUUCAUGUGACAGUGGAAAAUGUUCAGGAGUUACUCCCAGCAGCCUGUCUGCUUCAGCUGAAAGGAGUAAAGCAGGCUUGUUGUGAGUUCCUGGAAAGCCAACUGGACCCAUCCAACUGUUUGGGGAUCCGAGAUUUUGCUGAAACACAUAAUUGUGUUGACUUGAUGCAGGCAGCAGAGGUCUUCAGUCAGAAGCACUUCCCAGAUGUAGUACAACAUGAAGAGUUUAUCCUCUUAAGUCAAGAAGAAGUAGAAAAGCUUAUCAAAUGUGAUGAAAUUCAGGUGGAUUCUGAAGAGCCUGUCUUUGAGGCAGUCAUUAACUGGGUGAAGCACUCAAAGAAGGAACGAGAAGCAUCCCUGCCAGAACUUUUGCAGUAUGUGCGCAUGCCACUUCUCACCCCCCGAUACAUCACUGAUGUCAUAGAUACUGAGCCUUUUAUUCGAUGCAGCUUGCAAUGCCGAGACCUUGUAGACGAGGCUAAGAAGUUUCAUCUAAGGCCUGAGCUUCGGAGCCAAAUGCAGGGUCCCAGAACCAGAGCACGUUUGGGUGCCAAUGAAGUUCUCUUAGUAAUUGGGGGCUUUGGAAGUCAGCAGUCACCUAUUGAUGUGGUGGAAAAAUAUGACCCAAAGACACAGGAGUGGAGUUUCCUACCAAGCAUCAGUCGUAAAAGACGCUAUGUUGCCACAGUGUCCUUGCAUGAUCGGAUAUAUGUAAUAGGUGGUUAUGAUGGCCGUUCUCGUCUCAGUUCUGUGGAGUGCUUGGAUUAUACAGCUGAUGAAGACAGCAUCUGGUAUUCUGUGGCUCCAAUGAAUGUUAGACGAGGCCUAGCUGGGGCCACUACCCUGGGAGACAUGAUCUAUGUUUCUGGAGGUUUUGAUGGAAGCCGGCGGCAUACCAGUAUGGAAAGAUAUGAUCCCAACAUUGAUCAGUGGAGUAUGUUGGGAGAUAUGCAGACAGCUCGAGAAGGAGCAGGACUGGUUGUUGCUAACAACAUUAUCUACUGUCUUGGUGGUUAUGAUGGUCUGAACAUCUUAAAUUCUGUGGAGCGUUACGAUCCCCACACUGGGCACUGGGCAAAUGUCACUCCAAUGGCUACCAAGCGCUCAGGAGCUGGAGUAGCCUUGCUGAAUGAUCAUAUUUAUGUAGUUGGAGGAUUUGAUGGAACAGCACAUCUCUCCUCUGUGGAAGCAUACAACAUUCGCACAGACUCCUGGACAACAGUGACAAGCAUGACAACCCCUCGCUGUUAUGUGGGUGCAACUGUGCUGCGAGGGAGACUUUACGCCAUAGCAGGGUAUGAUGGGAACUCACUCCUGAGCAGUAUUGAAUGCUACGACCCCAUCAUUGACACCUGGGAAGUUGUUACAUCACUGGGGACCCAACGUUGUGAUGCUGGUGUUUGUGUGCUGAGGGAGAAGUGACUUAGGGAAAGGACCUAUGAGAGCACUUUCAUGGAACAGAGAGGCUGUAGGAGAAAGGACCAUCGAACUUGCCGUUAUUGAUCUCCUGAAGCUAUGGAUACAGUAACGAUUGGCAUCUGGCCUAUGCUCCACACCCUCAGCCUCAUCUUCAAAGCUACUGAUUCCAGUGGGGGGGAACCACACACAAGGCACUUUGAGCUGAUAAUGGAGGAAUUACACACUCAUAUGGGCUACCCCUGUAAAAAGUGAGUUGUCAGAGCAGCAAGGAUGUCCUUGCCUCCUGGUCUGGUGAAUGCUUGAGCUUAAGCAGUGCAUCUCAGUCCUCUCCAGUGUAUCAGCAUAUGCAGGGAAAUGUGAGUGUGGAUCCAAAGGUGGAUUUGUGCCUGAAUGUUUCCAUGUACCAAAUAUGCUGCAGUGCAGACAUACUGUUAGUGAAUAUUUUGUGCGUGCACAAGGCUUUCUGGAUGCUUUAUCAAGCUCUGCAGUCUUACACACGAUGAUGGGGAGAAGAAUCAAACUAAAGGUUGAUGCAUGCAGCUGUAAAGAUUCCGCAUCUUGGUGUAAGGCAGCUGACCUUCACCUCAGUAUCUGAAGAGGGGAAACUGGAGAUUAAGCCCGGCUGCAAUAUCCAGUCUGUUUGCUGGGAAGAAUGGCAGGCACACUGGAGGGUGAUAUUGCAUUUAGUUUUCUUCUGGAUGCUGGAUACCCGUGUUUCCUGGAGAGAAGUGGUGUGUUCUAGCAUUUGUGAACAGAAAUGUGGCUAUAAUUUGCAUUUGCCUUCCAAGAGAAAACUACUUAGUAUUAGCAGAGUAGUUAAAUAAUAAGUUUGAAAGUGAGUUCUUGGGUGCCUGAGCCAAAAUGGAUGGAUGGGUGCCAAGGUUAGAGGAAAACAUUAUCAUCCUGCUUUUGGAGAUUGCACCUGCCCAGGACACUUUUCAGGCCUUGCAUGGGCACGUACAAGGCAACCUAUCCCCACAAAACACCUCUUCUCACCUCACACUAGUCAUCUCCCAAUCUCCAGUGUAGACAAGGCAAAGCCUGAUUCCCUGUCAGGGACUUAUAAAGUCUGUAUUGCCCAGUAUGAGCAAUGUUGGCACAGGUUCUCUUGCACCUCAUCAUCUCUGCUUUUUCUGAGGCUGUUUCUUGUGCUUCUGGGAAUAUGGGAAGCUGUACACUCUUAAUUGCAUAUAGAUGUUUCCAACACAUUUCAGUUUUUCCUGCUGAGUAUCCCUCCAGAUUCAGUCACCAGAAGUUUGAUUCUAUCUAAUACAGACUGGAAUUCUUCACUUUGCUCAAGACAUCCCUCUGUAGUGACUUUUUAGGAUUCCCUUUCUUCCCACUUAUUAAAUACCCUUCUGGUGUGUAACAUAGCUUGUAUUAGAUGUGCAAACAUACAGAGAAACCUAUGACAAGUCACAUUGCUGAAGCGGACACCUGAGCCUGUGGAUAAUGCUGUUCCAUCCCCUAUGUACGUGUCCUACACUUUCAGCAUGACCCUGAAGCUCUCCUCCCAUGACUUACUGAGCCUCUUCCUGUGUUGCCCUAUCAAGAACCAAGGGAUGAAUGUAUUUAUUUUCUUGGGUGCUGUUGACUCCUUGCUUUGGGGAUGUGGUGGCAUGGGAUAAUUAUGCACUUUCAAACAACACUGAGUUUAUGGAUUCUGUUCUAUCACGCCAGUGUUUGUGAUUCAUUUCUUAUGUAUUUUUUAAUAAAAGUAUCUCUGGUA